AGGUCCGCCUCAGAACUCAACCAUGUUCAGACUCAGGGGAAACUUAAGACGCGCCGCUUUUGCGGACUUCUUUUCACCUGCAAACCAAACAGCGGUUUCCCUCAGGGCCCGGCAGUUUCCGGACAAACAGCCAAAGAGACAGUCCUCGGGAAAACGCUUCAAUGUUCCUCAUAGCGCCGAGUUCGUUGCGCGGGUGUCGGGGAUCCCCACCAUGGCCAGGUUACCAUAUCAGGACUCCGCAGACGGACUGGACGCAGCCUUUAUUGGAGUCCCCAUCGACACCGGGACCUCCAACAGGCCUGGGGCAAGGUUUGGCCCACGCCAGAUCAGAGUGGAAUCCGCCUUGCUCAGGGCUUACAACAGCGGCACCAGAGCAGCACCGUAUGAGUCCGUCAUGGUGGCUGAUAUUGGGGAUGUUAAUGUGAAUUUGUAUGACCUGAAGGAAACCUGCAAACGUAUCACAGAGGCGUACAGGAAGAUCGUGGCGACAGGGUGCAUCCCUCUCACAAUGGGUGGUGAUCAUACAAUUACAUACCCAAUCCUGCAAGCUGUAGCCGAGAAGCACGGCCCAGUGGGGUUGAUCCAUGUUGAUGCUCAUGCUGACACCAGUGACGUUGCCUUGGGGGAGAAGAUUUGGCACGGGACUCCAUUCAGACGCUGUGUCGAUGAAGGACUGCUGGACUGCAAGAGGGUGGUGCAGAUUGGUUUGAGGGGCUCGGGCUACUCUGCAGAUUCAUAUGAAUGGAGCCGUGCACAGGGCUUCCGCGUGGUCCAGGUGGAAGAGUGUUGGUUCAAAUCCCUGGCUCCUCUCAUGGCUGAAGUCCGGGCUCAGAUGGGCAGCGGUCCUGUGUAUCUCAGUUUUGAUAUCGAUGCUCUUGACCCGGGCUUUGCUCCUGGAACAGGAACCCCAGAGAUAGCGGGACUCACUCCCAUCCAGGGUGUUGAGAUUAUUCGGGGCUGCCGCGGUCUGAACCUGGUUGGGUGUGAUUUGGUGGAGGUGGCUCCAGCUUAUGACACGACAGGAAAUACGGCACUGACUGGAGCCAACCUUCUCUUUGAAAUGCUGUGCGUCCUCCCAAAAAUGAAAUACUAUUGAUAGCAGACCACAGGGAAGAGAACGGGUAGUUUAACCCUCCCACUGUUCGCACACAAAUAAAUCUAUAUGAUUUAAUUUCCUUUUUUCAUUUGAAUAUGCACAAAAACAAAUAACAGCAGAACAAUUCAAUUUGCUAGCAUGUCCAAAAAGGAAUUUGAAGAAGUUCAGUUUAUGAAAUUCCACCCAUUCUCCAAAAUCAAGAACCCUUUUUUUUUUUUUUAACUCUCCCCUAUUCAAUAAAGAAUUCUUCCAAAUAUGCCGGAACUAUUAUC